UCGUUUACUACCACCGGUAACAUCUGUUCAUGAAUGGUUAUCUUCCCACGGGCCGCAAGCACGUUCCAGUCUGCAAUCAAUUUUCACCCGAAUGUUAAGCGGUCAAUACCGUUAUCUGUCCAGUCGCGUCACGUUGUCAACGCCCUCUAACGGACGGGGGCCUAUCACAGGUAUACGUGCCCAACUGCUAUCCUAUAUUUUCGGAAGUUAUAUGUAUUUAAACUGAACUUAUCCCCUUGGCAAGGGUUAGUUCUACUUGACACCGGAUACUAGCGGUACUUUCGAUGGUUGCAUAAUGUGGUUUCGGACUUUGUGCGGUUUGGUGAUCAUCGUCGUGGUGGUUGAUGCGCGCAGACUAGCUAGGAGCAAAGCCGUGGUUGACGAUCGAAAUGACUCGAGUGGUUCCGACGAAGCGGAGAUCUUUGUGAGUCACGACAACGAAGGCAAGGCGGUGGUCUCCAAACGGUACUUGGAUCCACCGCCGGGGAAGAAUGUGUACAUGGUCAAACGGGUGAAUGCCAAACCACCGGCGCCAGUGACGGAGCGGUUGGUGGCCGUGACGAGUAAAAGUUGGACGAAGAUUUUGAACAAACUCGGGGACGUCCAUGAAGUGGAAUCCAGUGAAGAGGAAGAAGCGAUGGUUGCGCCUUUGGAUGUUAGGAUAGGUGAAAGUAAUGAGGGUGCGUUGAGCGAAGAGGUAGAUGAAGUUAAGAGUCCCAGUGAUCCGAUGGUUAUUGCGCAGAAACUGUUUCCGGUAUUGUUACGCCGAGCGAUUGAUAACGUGAUGCAGAAUAUUUCGAAACAUGAUGUGGCAGAUUUGAUGGAUGAGUUAUCGAAAAGGGCGUGGAUAAAUAGUGAAUCUGAGAGGAGAUUGACGAAUAGGCUGCUAGAGGAUUCUCAUCGUGGAGGUAGUCGUCAUAAUGAUAUGGAUGUAGAUACUGGAGUGUCUUCAAAACAGAAACGUUCAUAUUAUCCAGACAAAAGCUUUGAUAAUGAUGGGAACACACCUCCUUACGUUGUGAACAUAUUCAACAACUCACAUAUCGGGUACCUUGUGCUAAAACCUGCUUGUAAUGUUACUGGAGAUAAUACAAGAAACUGCUCAGGGCAGUCUCCGGUAGUAUAUGGUCCUCUUCCACAGUCGCUGAAUUUCACCUUUGCAUUACCUAACUUUAACGUUCCUUGUGUACAGCCUUCUGGUUCAUUCAACUUAGAUUUCUUGCCAUGCUGCGGAAAACCACCAAUGGUUCAUCCGGAGACUUGUACCUCCACAACUGAGGAAACAACUACCACAUCUACGACCACUACAACUACCAUUACCACUACAACAACUCCAUGUCCUACGACAACAACGACAACCGAAUCAUCAUCGACAUGUGAACCAAGCACUAUUCCGACAACAACUUGUGAAGCCCCGACAUUGUCCACGGUGCAUCAUCCACCUUACUAUCAUCCCAUGCUGUACCAUGGACCCCAUGAACCACACGUUCGACACUGGUACAAGAUCCCUCAGAUAGAUUACUACCACAGGAAACCUCCCAUAGCACCACGUCCCAAAUACGAAGAACGCAUCAUCUACGAUCCAUACAAGCAUCUGGCAUACGAAGACGUCCCAGGUGAAGACUGCGAUUGCAGUGACGAGGAAGAUCGCCCAUCCGAGAAUUUUCACGUUAAGCGAGAACCGCAAAGACCGCUCCGUCCGUUCAAACGUAAACCACAUUCUUACGUAAAGCCUACAACUACGAUUGCCCCCUUCCAUAAAUCUCUGUCCCAUUCCGAGGAAGCCGUUCGACUGAUCAUCGAUUUACCACCAGCCUUCAACUCGGAGGAGAUCCGCGAUGACACCCAUCUGAUGAACACGUUAGCCAAGAUAGGGCUGUCGCUCGAUACGGAACGACCACCGGUGGCAAAACCCGUUGCACCUAUUGUCAAGAAUCGCUAUAGAACUCUGGCUCCUACACGAAGUCCACGAAUGCAGCACCAGUACAAGACGAAGGAUCGAGAAUCGGAUGAAAAACCACAGAAGAGACCUCCCAGAGCAACCAUGGCUCCCGCAAUGUUUCUUUUUUAGGCCAGUCAAUAAACUUUAAAUUAACUAUUUAUUGCAGCCACUCAGUUUUAAUUUCGUGAAAAUGUUUCACCAAUUCCAUCGGCAUCGCAAAUAACAUCUUUCACUUUUUGCCUGACUUUAUUAUUGGUCAUAAAACCGUGAAGAAUCGCGAACCAUGCCGACCUGCAAUCCAACGCCACACCUAUUUGAAAGAUCUACAUUA